CGCUAAAGAAAUGUAACUUUGUUGUUGUUGCAUAAUCUGGGAUUGUCCUAAUGAUCUCAUAUAAAACAGGAAGUAGGGGAGAGGAAAAGGAGAAAAGAGGGUUAUAGAUUGUAUGCAUGUGCUGAUGGCAAAUAAAAUGUUGAUUUUCCUAAAAUUUCUCAAGGAAGUACGAUUUAUGUGACUGGAUAAAGUACAUGGAUAAAGAGUGAGCACCUUAACCUAAGGAUACUGUUAUAUCCGCUGCAAUUCUCCUGCACAGGUUGAUUGGAGCACUUAAAUUUAAAAGUGUGAGAUUGUAGCAAUGCAUUUAAGAGAACGAAAGGACGUAAUCAGGAUGGAAAAUGUUUGGAAUUUAUUUUGUGGAGUUACUGAGAAAAAUACUACCUUUCCAUCAAAAGAAUUAAACUUAAUUGAAGACUUGUGUUUCACUGAAGGUGUAAACAUUCUUCUACAUGCUGGAUUGGUGAUAUUUUCUAUUUUUGGAAUUUUUGCGACGAGACGUAAAAAACGUACCCCAUUGUUUCAUAGUGACAGUUUACUGAGAGGCUGGGUCCAUUUUCCAUGGCACAAUUGUCGCUGGCUACUAACUUUUGUGUACAUUUUUUUGUCCAUGUGUUGUUUAUGGGAUGGCAUUUUAUCACAGCGUCGCUCCACAAUUAAUAGACCAUUUCUUUAUACAGUAGAUGCAGUGCAGCUACUCUCUUCUAUCCUUUCAAUCAUGUAUUAUGAUGCAGUUGAAAAAGCAAAUGAUCCCCUGUAUUUACUACUCUUCAUCUGUCAUUGGCCCACUGCCUGUGGCAUUAAUGUGUUUAAAGUUUAUCAGCUGUACUUAAAGAACCUCACCAUCUACCAUCUGACCUUUUCCCUCACCUGUAUCCUGGUGGUUGUCUAUGGCUUGUUUAUCAUUCUGGAGCUCUGCGCAUUUUUUCAACUGGGUUACCUUGGUCCAUGGUAUUCCAGACGGGUCCCUCCUUUAGAACUACAAGAUGCAAGCAGAAAGUUUCACCAACCUUAUGUCAAUACCUUUUCACAAAUAACCUACUCGUGGAUUUCAUGGCUGUUAAAAGAAGGGUCUCAUACCCCAAUUCAAAUGGAGACACUUGGAAAACUCUCUCAGCAAGAAAUGGGCCUUACUAAUUUUCAAGUAUUCAAGAGAUCUUAUGAUAAGCAAAUGGAAACUAUAUCCCCAGAAAGAAUGAAGUCUGGUGAUCUGGGAAAAGUUUAUUUCAAGGCAUUCGGCAAGCCUUUCCUGAUUGGAGCAGUCUUGAAGAUUAUAGGUGAUCUGGCAGGAUUAAUUGCACCACUCUGCAUUGAUGGUAUUCUGAGAUUUGUGGCUGAUGACUUUAAGUAUUCAGAGAAGGGAUCAUAUUUUGUGAGUGUAUGGGAAUUCAUCAGUAAUGGCUACAUCUUGACGUUCUUGAUGCUGUCCACAAUGCUCCUUCAGAACAUUUGCUUACAGCUGUCGUAUUACAUUGUUAUCCGGGAGGGAAUGCAUAUAAGAGCAUCUCUGCAGUCAAUGAUUUACAAAAAGGCUCUAUUGCUGCCUGUAUGGGUGUUCAGUGGAGGUCUUCUCACAGUGGGUCAAAUUAUGAAUUACAUGUCAAUAGACUCGUUACAAAUCAUGAUGGCUGCAUUUUUGGGAUUCUACAUUGUUUCAAUUCCUAUACAGAUUGUACUAGCAGUGAUAUUACUGUACUUUCAGCUGGGCAUCAGUGCACUGGUGGGUAUUUCUGUCAUCCUUUUGCUCGCUCCUCUUCAGUAUUUUAUCUCGAAGAAGUUUGCUUCCAUUCAGAAAAGAACUAUGGAGUGUUCAGAUGAAAGGAUCAAGAAAUCCAAUGAGAUGCUUCAUUGCAUUAAGCUUUUAAAACUCUACAGUUGGGAAGGUAUCUUUGCCAGUGCACUUAAAGAAGCAAGGCAGAAAGAGAUGAAGUACAUGUUGAAAGGUUCAUUUUCUGUCAUUUCAACAUUGUUCCUCACUCAGGUGACACCGAUCAUUGCAACCCUGGUGGCUUUCAGCACUUACUCCGCUUUCACUGGGUCACCAUUGACUGCUAACAAGGCAUUUUCAGCACUGGCCCUUUUUGACAAAUUUAAUUCUCCACUUAUUAUAUUUCCAGUGAUUGUGAGGAUGAUUGUGAAUACAGUACUUAGCACUCAUCGAUUAGCAUCAUACUUUAGCACAGAUGAAUUGAAGGGAAUGGGGACGACAUUUAUAGAAUCUAAAAAGGCAGAUGAGCCCUUGCCUCCAGCCAAAAAUGCAGACUUGUCUGUUGAGCAAGUUCAAUUGGAAGAUGAAACUAUACCCGAAAAUUCUACAAGCCGUUACCAAUCUGCGGAUCACCCAGACGAACCACAAAAUAGCUUAUUGAAUAAUCAUUCCAAUAACGCGAAGCCAGAAGAAAGCACAGUAGAUGAUGUAGAAAAUCCUACAAACAGCACAGCCAAUGCCCUGGAGAUCACAAAUGGCAGUUUUGCAUGGAGUAGCAAUUCAGAACAAAUAUGUCUUCAGGAUAUCUCAACAAAAAUUCCUGAAGGCAAAAUUACCAUUCUUGUAGGCAAGGUUGGCAGUGGAAAAACUUCACUGUUGUCUGCCAUGUUAGGAGAAAUGACAACCGUUUCAGGCAACGUGAAGUGGGCAACACCUAAUCAACCAAUAGCAUACUCUGCACAGGCCGCUUGGCUGAGAAAUGCCUCUUUACAGAACAACAUUGUAUUGGAAGAAGAGUUUGAUGAGGAGCGUUUUAAUAUGGUCAUUGAUGCCUGUGCUCUUCAGCCAGAUAUUGAUAUUCUGCCAGCUCGUGAACAAACAGAAAUAGGUGAAAAAGGUAUUAAUCUGAGUGGUGGCCAGAAACAGCGAGUCAGUGUGGCACGAGCUCUUUACUCAAGGUGCUCUGUGGUAAUCCUGGAUGAUCCUUUAUCAGCCCUGGAUGUGCAUGUGGGAAGUCGUGUCUUCCACCAAGGCAUUAUGGGUGUGUUAAAAAAGGAAGGACGAACAGUCAUCAUCGUAACUCACCACCUGGAGUAUCUAAAGGAAGCGGACCAUAUCAUUGUAAUGGAGAAUGGGAUGAUUGAUGCCCAAGGUACCUAUUGGGAUAUUUCUACACAAAAUCCAGACCUGGUGCAAAUUUGGAAGACCCUGAUAGCAAAAGAGGAUAAUGAAGGAGAAGAGGAAGGUAAAGAUGAUAAUUUUGAAGAGGCAUAUUUACAAAUGGAGCAAAAACCUGGUAAUGUGGAUGGCAAACUGGUGCAAGACGAGGAAAAAGAAGAAGGAUCGAUCUCCAUCCGAGUCUACUGGCUUUACAUACGCUCGAUUGGCAUUUUCUUCUUCUUUGGUUUACUUUUUGCAGUAAUAAUCAAGCAAAGUUUUUUUGUGGCUAUUGACUUCUGGCUAGCUGAUUGGUCGUCUGCAGGAACCUUGUUGAUACAGAACAAAUCGCGAAAUGAAAGUGUAAGCAGGAUUGAAAAUCAAGCCGUAUUAACUCAUUAUCUCAAUGGAUACAUUGGGCUGACAUGUGCAGCAGUUAUUACAGCUUUGUUCAGUUCCAUUGCACAUGUACUUUCAGGUAUCAAAGCUUCAAAAUAUCUCUUCAGAAAAAUGCUGGUAAAUGUAAUGGCUCUUCCAUUAAGAUUCUUUGAAUCCACACCUAUCGGAAGAAUUCUGAACAGGUUUUCAUCAGACAUCAAGGCUAUAGACGACCAGAUUCCCACAAACUUGGAGCGUUUCCUAUGGCACUUAUUGCUGUGUUUGAGUGCUGUUUUGAUCAAUAUUAUUAUAUGCUUGUGUGUUUACAAUACUCAUACACCUAACCUUACCUGCAAUUUAAUGGACGAUAAGAUCAGGAUUGUGAACUGCUUCAGUAACAUCUGUAAGAAAGAUAUUUAUUGUUUCCUGGCUCAUUCUAGGGAACUUCAAAGGCUGGACAGCAUUACCAAAUCUCCCGUGUUUGCACAUUUUUCUGAAACACUCGGAGGUCUUACCACUAUCCGGGCCUAUAAAUGUGAAGACAAGUUCUUUGAACAAAUCGUGGACAAGAUUGACUAUAACAACAUUGCUUAUUUAUACCUGAACACCAUAAACAGGUGGCUGGCAAUACGACUGGAUUUCAUAGGAACAACGAUUGUUUUUGCUGCAACACUUUGUGCAUUAGUGACAGCGGAACUGCAUUACCUGGAGGAUGGGUUAGUGGGCUUGGCCAUUUUACAUGCCUUAAAGAUGUCCACUUUCUUAAACUGGAGUGUCCGAGAGAUGGCAGAACUAGAAAUGCAGAUGAAUUCAGUGGAGCGAGUGCAUCACUACACUGAACUAAAAACCGAAAGACAACUUAAAGAAUCAAUGAUGGCACCAGUUUCUAUCAGUUGGCCACGCUCAGGGAAAAUUGAAAUUUAUAAGCUCAGUGUACGCUAUGCUGAUCACCUUGAUCCUGUCUUGCACAACCUAACUCUAACUAUUGAAGCUGGAACAACGGUUGGGAUCUGUGGACGUACAGGAAGUGGAAAGUCCAGCCUUUCCUUGUCACUUCUGAGAAUUAUUGAUAACUAUAAAGCACAGCCAAUGCCCUGGAGAUCACAAAUGGCAGUUUUGCAUGGAGUAGCAAUUCAGAACAAAUAUGUCUUCAGGAUAUCUCAACAAAAAUUCCUGAAGAAAAUUACCAUUCUUGUAGGCAAGGUUGGCAGUGGAAAAACUUCACUGUUGUCUGCCAUGUUAGGAGAAAUGACAACCGUUUCAGGCAACGUGAAGUGGGCAACACCUAAUCAACCAAUAGCAUACUCUGCACAGGCCGCUUGGCUGAGAAAUGCCUCUUUACAGAACAACAUUGUAUUGGAAGAAGAGUUUGAUGAGGAGCGUUUUAAUAUGGUCAUUGAUGCCUGUGCUCUUCAGCCAGAUAUUGAUAUUCUGCCAGCUCGUGAACAAACAGAAAUAGGUGAAAAAGGUAUUAAUCUGAGUGGUGGCCAGAAACAGCGAGUCAGUGUGGCACGAGCUCUUUACUCAAGGUGCUCUGUGGUAAUCCUGGAUGAUCCUUUAUCAGCCCUGGAUGUGCAUGUGGGAAGUCGUGUCUUCCACCAAGGCAUUAUGGGUGUGUUAAAAAAGGAAGGACGAACAGUCAUCAUCGUAACUCACCACCUGGAGUAUCUAAAGGAAGCGGACCAUAUCAUUGUAAUGGAGAAUGGGAUGAUUGAUGCCCAAGGUACCUAUUGGGAUAUUUCUACACAAAAUCCAGACCUGGUGCAAAUUUGGAAGACCCUGAUAGCAAAAGAAUGUGGAUGGCAAACUGGUGCAAGACGAGGAAAAAGAAGAAGGAUCGAUCUCCAUCCGAGUCUACUGGCUUUACAUACGCUCGAUUGGCAUUUUCUUCUUCUUUGGUUUACUUUUUGCAGUAAUAAUCAAGCAAAGUUUUUUGUGGCUAUUGACUUCUGGCUAGCUGAUUGGUCGUCUGCAGGAACCUUGUUGAUACAGAACAAAUCGCGAAAUGAAAGUGUAAGCAGGAUUGAAAAUCAAGCCGUAUUAACUCAUUAUCUCAAUGGAUACAUUGGGCUGACAUGUGCAGCAGUUAUUACAGCUUUGUUCAGUUCCAUUGCACAUGUACUUUCAGGUAUCAAAGCUUCAAAAUAUCUCUUCAGAAAAAUGCUGGUAAAUGUAAUGGCUCUUCCAUUAAGAUUCUUUGAAUCCACACCUAUCGGAAGAAUUCUGAACAGGUUUUCAUCAGACAUCAAGGCUAUAGACGACCAGAUUCCCACAAACUUGGAGCGUUUCCUAUGGCACUUAUUGCUGUGUUUGAGUGCUGUUUUGAUCAAUAUUAUUGUGACCCCUUUCUUUAUUAUUCCAAUCCUUCCCUUGCUUGUUUUCUACUAUUUUCUUCAAAAGUUUUUCAGAGCUUCCUCCAGGGAACUUCAAAGGCUGGACAGCAUUACCAAAUCUCCCGUGUUUGCACAUUUUUCUGAAACACUCGGAGGUCUUACCACUAUCCGGGCCUAUAAAUGUGAAGACAAGUUCUUUGAACAAAUCGUGGACAAGAUUGACUAUAACAACAUUGCUUAUUUAUACCUGAACACCAUAAACAGGUGGCUGGCAAUACGACUGGAUUUCAUAGGAACAACGAUUGUUUUUGCUGCAACACUUUGUGCAUUAGUGACAGCGGAACUGCAUUACCUGGAGGAUGGGUUAGUGGGCUUGGCCAUUUUACAUGCCUUAAAGAUGUCCACUUUCUUAAACUGGAGUGUCCGAGAGAUGGCAGAACUAGAAAUGCAGAUGAAUUCAGUGGAGCGAGUGCAUCACUACACUGAACUAAAAACCGAAAGACAACUUAAAGAAUCAAUGAUGGCACCAGUUUCUAUCAGUUGGCCACGCUCAGGGAAAAUUGAAAUUUAUAAGCUCAGUGUACGCUAUGCUGAUCACCUUGAUCCUGUCUUGCACAACCUAACUCUAACUAUUGAAGCUGGAACAACGGUUGGGAUCUGUGGACGUACAGGAAGUGGAAAGUCCAGCCUUUCCUUGUCACUUCUGAGAAUUAUUGAUAACUAUAAAGGCUAUAUAAAGAUUGGUGGAAUUGAUAUUUCCACUGUUUCACUGGCGUUUUUGAGGAGGGCAAUCUCAAUUAUUCCCCAGGAUCCUGUUCUCUUCGGUGGCUCUGUCAGAUUUAACCUGGACCCAGAAUCAGAUCAUUCUGAUGAAGAAUUGUGGGAAGUGCUGCAAAUUGCCCAGUUAGAUCAGUUUGUCAGUGAACUUCCAGAGAAGUUGGAUUCUUUCAUAGCAGAGAGCAGUGAGAAUCUGAGCAUGGGCCAGAGACAGCUCUUGUGUAUUGCGAGAGCUCUCCUCAGAAAAUCCAAAAUCAUAAUUCUGGAUGAAGCUACAGCUUCCGUUGAUAUGGAAACUGACUCUGCACUCCAAAUUGUUAUGAAAACUGCAUUCAAAAACAGCACAGUGCUUAUUAUUGCUCAUCGCAUACAAACAAUUAUAGACUGUGAGAGAGUUAUAGUUAUGCAUCAAGGGCAGAUUGUAGAAGAUGGAGAUCCAAAGGUCUUACAAAACAAUGAUAGUUUUUUUGCUAAACUAGUCAAAGCAAGCAAUUGAUUGUUUAUAUCGCACAAUACUUAAAUGUUGCAUGUUUUUAGUACUGUAUAGUGGGAAAUACUAGCAAGGGAAUUACAGAAAAAACAGUAUUCAGUGGAUUUGAGAAUUUUAUUUUAAAAACAACACACUUAUAGUUGUUCACAAAAUCCAAAUCCAUUUGUGGAGAUUUCAGUUGGUGCGUUUUGUGAAAGUAGCAGAUUAAAUUUCCCACUAUAAUAUAUAGUAUUGUCUGUUGAUGCCUUUCUUGUGCUUUUUAAAUUUUUGAUUAAAAUGAUAAAGCUCUCUUUAUUCACAGAGUCUCUUAAUGUGUGAAGGCAUGUGGUUGAAUGAAUAAAUUUAGUUACACAUUUAUAUUUACAGCCAAACAACAUUAAUAAAUCAGUUUCUCAACUUAAAGUUGAGAAAUGAUUGCUUGCCACUUUCGCAUUACCAGCUGUAAGAAACAAAUGAGAGACAGUUGUUAUUGUUCAUUUGGAUCUGAACAAGGUUUGCCCUAAGCUCCUCUUUUUACCACAGUACAGUUUCUGUAAAAGGCGUAACAACGAGAAUUUAUGAGUGUUUGUUGGAUGGCAAAAGGUCAAUCAAUUUGCAUUUAGACAAGGAAUAUAUUAAUUAUUUUUGUUAAUGAAACUGAGAACAGAAAACUGGAAUUAGAUUGACUUUACUAUUUCUCUUGAAUGCAAUAAAAUAGUGGCAACAGUUUAGAAAAUUGGGCAGAUUUAUAAAAAUGUAUGGAAAUUAUUAGAGGCAAACUUUGUACAUGUUUUCAUUUAAAUAGAUAUUGUCUGCCACUUAAUGUCUACUGAACAGGAAAUUAAGCAAAUCUCAAGGAUUACGGUAAAGGAGGCCAGUAGGCAAUGAAGUUAGUUGGGUGUAAUUGAAAUAUGUGGAAUGUAUUAACUCUUGCUGCCGUAGUUGCCCAUAUGACUGAACCAGGAGCAAGGUUAGAAAAUAUGAGAUGGUUCUUACUUCACUGCACCCCUUUAAUGGGUAUUUGUGGACUCUCACAGUGCAGUUUGAGUUGACCUUUCUACAGAUAUACUGGUUGUGUUUUGUGAGGAAUCAUUGGGAUUGGGGUGGCCUCCCAAGGCUCUACUGGAAUGUCACUGCCUAUUUGUUUCCCACUCUACCUGAACAGAUACUACAUAGCUUCAUAGAAAUUAUAAUAAACAGUACAAGACCAGCUUCUUUGUGAAUGAGAGAAUGAGUAGAAAGUAUACCAUAAUCAUAUGUUUUGGUAUUCUCGCCCCAGAAAUGUACCUGUAGGUUAUUAAAGGACAUUUUAACCUUGAAGGGCAAAAGGCCAGAGUCACUGGUAUGUUCAGGUAAUGCUACAGCAAGGGCGUAUGGGCAUCCCAGAAAUUAAACCUAAUUUUGUAAUUCAUUUCAAUAAUUUUUCCAAAUGUGCUUGAGAAGCAGCAUAGGAGAAAUAUUACCCUGUCCUAGAUUCACUGGAUAGGGCCUUUUUACACAUCCUAUUCAGUUUCAACUCUGUUUCAGUAUUCUGGAAAAUGACAUCAAGAAACAAUAGUGCUAAUUCAGACUUGGUACAGCAUGUUUUCAAAAUUGUUCUUUAAAGUAGUCCAAUUUGGGACAUUUAGAAAGGGUUUUUCCAGCUAAUGUUUUGCACUUGAUGUGUGUAUGAUCAUUUUGCAUACAUCACUUUCUUUGGAGAGCAGGGCUAGAUGUUGGUAUUGUGCUCAUUUAGUUGAGAUUAUGAACAGUUGAAGUUUUUGUAUCAGUUGGUGGCUUGUGUAUUUGGAGUCCCUUGCCAAGUUAUUUGUAAAGCAAUCGUAUUCAGAUUUUGUAUCACUCCCUGUAGCCAUGAUUAUACAGAGGUGAUUAGAGUAUUCAGUACGUUAGAUCCCAGAUUAUUCUAUUACUUCACAUUAUAAAAUACUGCCUUCACAGCGAAAUAUAUGGGUAAGUACUGUGCUUCAUUUAACAUGAUAAAAACUAGCGCAGAAUUUGUUCUUCUGAAAUGUAUAAACUAAUCAAAGUAAUAUCUCUGGUAAAUUGAAGCAAUUGCUACUCAAAUACUUUCCCAAGUCUGAGCAAGGAAUUGAUAUUCACUUGUGUCAGUGUUUCCAGGCUGUGCCAUGGAAUUGCCACCUUGCAAUAUGGAGCUGUUUUUUGGAGUGGUCUUUUUUUUAUACUUUACAUAAUUUUGUUCUCUUCACAUGUCUGGAAAUUGUAUAUUGUCAUUUAUGUUCGGAAUACAGUAACACCUGUAAAAUUUCUAAAUAAGGUUUAAAAAAAAUUAAAGGGUGUACAAUUU